AGUCUUUUCGCCUUCAUUAUUUCAUACGGCACUGGCGGAAGGCAGCGAUCCUUUAUAAUUUGUUUGCAUCGCCCCCACCCUUACUCGCGGGGUUCUGAUUGGCUAGCACUUGAGCUUCAGCAAUUGACAUUCCAUUGGCACGCUCGAUACCUAUCGAAUAUGUAUGCUUCUGUACUCUUUGCGAUUUUCUUAUCAGGCAUGGGAGCCCAUCUAUCGUACUUCAUACAUGGCGAGCAUCAUGAUCAGGGCCCCCACCUUGCUCUGAUGGUUCCAGUUUCUUGGACUGCAUCGGAUCUGGUUCUCUCAACCUUUUUACCAUCUCUCAAUGCCGCGACAGCGACUUCGGCAAUAUUCACAUCUUUCGCUUGCGGCCUCUUCUCAUCAAUGGCGAUUUACCGUCUCUACUUCCAUCCCUUACGGGCCUUCCCAGGACCCCGACGUGCAGCUGUCAGCAAGCUUUGGCACAGCUCGAAGCUUUCAAACCUACAAAAUCAAAAAAUGCUCGAAAAUUUCCGUCUGGAAUUUGGAGAUAUUGUGCGCACUGGACCAAAUGAAGUUGUUGUCAUGAAAGCCGAGGCGUUCCCUGCGGUGCAUGGACCGGGCUCCAAGUGUCGCAAAGCCCCUUGGUAUGAUAUGCUUCAAAAGGAGAGAUCGAUACAUACGACGAGAUCGCCUCAACUUCAUCAACAGCGUCGAAAAAUAUGGGACCAAGGGCUUAGUACAAAAGCGUUGCGGAUUUACCAGGAACGUGUAGCGGAGCAUGUCACGAGCCUCAGCAACAACAUACGCGGACGACUCGGACAAUCCAGAAAUUGCACAGAGCUGUUUUAUUUCUUUGGAUUUGACGUCAUGGGCGACACUGCUUUUGGAAAAGACUUCAACAUGCUCAAAAGCAAUAUUCAGCAUCCAAUUGUCGAAAUCAUGAGGAGUGGAACUUAUAUCAUGGGUCGACUCACCCCUGUUCCAUGGCUAGUGACUGUGCUAGCUUCUCUACCCGGUGUAAACAAAAACUUUGAGAGAUUGGAAUCAUAUGCGGAGGAGCACAUAUACGCACUUUCCAAAGAAUCUCAGGGAGGGGAAGGUAUUAUGUCGAAACUCAUCGAUGCCGCUCGGUCUCCUUCAGACCCACAAAAGAUUGAAAUGUACCAUCUUGGUGCAGAUGCAAUGGUGGUCAUAAUAGCAGGGUCCGAUACGGUGUCAAUAGCUUCAUCGUUUAUGUUUUAUCAUUUGGCACUGAAUACAGAACAUGUCGCAAAGCUACGCACAGAGCUUGAGGGGGUAGACAUCAGAGACAACCGCGCGCUCCAAUCUCUGGUUCACCUCAAUGCGUUGAUUAACGAGACGCUGCGAUUAUAUCCGCCUGUCAUAACUGGACCUUUGCGACAAACGCCUCCAGAGGGACUCCAGAUUGGCGAAACCUUUAUCCCCGGGAAUGUUACGAUUUCCACUCCUUUAUGGAUACUGGGACGACUGGAAAGUAGCUAUGAAAGAGCUUCCGAAUUUCUUCCCGAGAGAUGGUACAAGGACUCUACUAUGAUCAAAGACGCGCGUGGUUUUGCGCCGUUUCUUAGUGGCGUGUACAGUUGUCCCGGGAAACAACUGGCUUUGAUAGAGCUGCGAUUGCUAACAGCCGAGCUUGUGAGUCGGUAUGACUUUCGAUUUGCCGACGAAAGCAACAAGCACGCAACUGUUUCCAACAUCAAGGACUGCUUCACUGCUAUACCAGGACCGCUGGAGCUUGUUUUCGUGGAAAGGGCUGCGCAUAUCUGA